CUCGACGUCUUACUUCACUUACAUCCCAUAAAGGAAGUGGGGCUUUAGAGUUCAUGUUGACAUGUAGAGCAGAUUCCAAUCCACCUGCCAUUGUCUUUGAAUGGUUAACUGAUGAAACUAUUGUUUUCAAUGACACCAGUAACAUGAAGCUCCACCAGGAUAACCCAGAACAAGCAGAAAGAGAGACCGUAACUACUAGUGACCUGAUGAUUCCAAGCCGACCCUCUGAACAUCAAUCGAUUUACAAUUGCAGUGCUGUGUCCAGAUACGGAUUCGGAUCGGCAGUAUUCAACUCCUCGUUAUUUCUUUGUGAAUCUACUCUUGGCUGAAACAAAUAGAACGUCGUCGCAUUGCUUAUGAUCACUGAAUGAUGACGUCCAUUUCAUUGCAAGUAGUUAUUGCUCUUUGCCUUGAAAUUAUCAUGUCAAAAAGCUCUCCACCCAGCAUAAUUUCAAUCACGGAUGGAAGGGGAAUCCAACACUAUUGUUUUAACAACCUCUCUUUAACUGCUGGGAAGAAAAAUGAUAUCACAUGUGAAGCUCAUGGGGCAAGGCCUCCUGCAGUACUUCAAUGGCAGGUACCAGAUGGUGUACUGGUAGAUCUUCAAGAUCAGUCUGAUGUUAUUCAAGAAGGAUCUUACAUCUCUCGGAAAGCUGUGACAAUUACACCCUCCAGGAACGACCACGGAAAGAUUCUCAACUGCAUUGCGUCACACCCAGAACUACAGUUUGAACCUCGGUGCUCAGUUCAGAUCAAUGUUCAUGUUCUUCCAAGGGAUGUACUGAUUUUUCGAAGUGGAGGUAACCAGUCCCAUUUAACCGUCAUAAACAUUCAAGAAGAUUCGCCGACUUCAAUCACAUGUAAAAGCUUUGGGUCAUUCCCAGCCACCAAACUAUCAUUUAAGUUAUUAGGUGGCACCGGUCAAGCUGACAAUGUCCUCAUUCGCGCAAAUAUCUCAAGUAAAAGGAGUGUUUUAGACGAUACUCUGUUUGACACCGAGAGUACUAUAAUCCUACACCCAAAUAUUGAGCAUCAUGGGAAGUUCAUUCAAUGCUACGCAACACUUGAUGGGGUCUUAGCCGAAUUAGUGUUUGCCAAGCUGGUAGUUUACGGCUCACCAGAAGACAUCAUUAUGAGCUCUCCUGUGGAUCUUUACGAUGGCAAAGAAAUCAAUGUAACCUGCAAAGCUGUUAAUGGAUACCCCGCACCGCAUAUCCAUUGGUACAUCGGAUCAAGAAAUCUUACAGAGGAUUCAUCUUUAAACAUAAGUGAAAAUAAUGCUGGUCGAUAUGACAUUGAAAGCACUCUGACUUUAAUACCGACGAGGUUUUACCAUGGGAAGCGUCUUCUCUGUGAGGCAGUUCAACCUACAACACUCCCAGCUCGAUCGGUGAAUCAAAGCUUGGUUCUGAACAUAACGUAUCAUCCCGUUGUGUCAAUUACUGCUCGCCGUCUUACAUCGCACAAAGCAAGUGGGACUACUGUGCUCGCGUUGAUAUGCAGAGCUGACGCAUAUCCUCCUAUCAUUACUUUCGUUUGGCUUUGCAACGAAACUGUAGUGUCAGACGACUCCAGUAACUACAGACUCCCUGAGACUAUAUCUGAAGAUGCAACACUAAGGUCCAGCGUACUUGAGAUACAAAACCCACUCUCCCAAUACCAUUCUGUUUAUAAAUGCAACGCUGAAUCAGAAUACGGCUCGGGAAGUGCAGAAUUCGAUUCCCUUUAUUUGUAUUUUAUUCCGACUCCACCAUCUGGGUUCAUCAUGUACCGAAACCAGACGAGAUCGUCAUCUCUCUUUGUUGCCUGGCAACCAGGAUCACCAUUAGGGUAUGAGAAAAUCGCUCCCUUUGCCAUACUUUGUCGAUGAAACAAACCUUCAUACAUGAUACAACUUUUCAAAUAAUUCCAAGAACCAAAAAAAAA